AUGAGGUUUUAGUAUGUUUCCAAACACGGAAGUGUUUCCGCUAACAUAUACGUUCGAAAACUAGUUUCACUCGCUACCGGUAACAUAGUAAUUAGAUAUACCUUUAAAUUAUUGACGUAAAAUGUUUGGAAAGUCUUCCGAUUAUAACUAUGAGAUUUUGCCCAAGAGUGAUUAUGGAAACAGUAAUACUGCUGGUCUGUUUAUAUCCGGACAGUCUCAGUAUAACAGCGGCUUCUCCUUUGACUACGUCCCUAAAAUAAAAAACAACGAUUUUAAAGACGAUAGUCAGGGAUUAGUAUCACGGCUAUGCAACUUAAUUGUUAUCAUUUUGGUCUUUCUUUGUACGCUAAUCACAUUCCCCAUAUCUGCUUGGUUUGUUUUAAAAACGGUGCCCAACUACGAGAGGAUUGUUGUAUUCCGGCUGGGUCGCAUCCGGCCUCCUAAGGGUCCAGGAGUGGUUUUAGUGCUUCCACUGAUUGACCAAUGGCAAAGGGUGGACCUACGCACCAGGGCUUUCAACAUCCCACCAUGCAAGGUGAAUACGAAAGAUGGUGGCUUGGUGUCUGUCGGAGCAGAUAUCCAGUUCCGAAUCUGGAAUCCUGUUAUGUCUGUGGUGGCGUUGCAGGAUUUAAAGGCCUCCACACGUCUUACUGCACAGAACGCUAUGACUCAGACCCUGGGCAAGAGGACUGUCAGAGAGAUACAGACAGAGAGAGUGAAACUUGGGGAGCACCUUGGGAUGGACAUAAAUGAUUUGACCAAGCCUUGGGGGUUGGAGGUUGACCGUGUUGAGUUGACUUUGGAAAGUGUGCUCCGUGCCCCAGAUGAUUCUCACUCAGGGCCUCUCAUCAUGCCUCCCUCUGUCCCUGGUCUAGAGGGUCUGACUGGGCCUAUACAGCAGCUCGCAAUGCACUUUCUGGGGCAAAGUGCAGCAGUUUCUCUACCUGCAAAAGAUGCAGUGCUCUUUACUGACGAGUUUAGUACAGAGGUUCCAGUAGCUGAAAAGAGCGGUGUCAUAGAGGAGCUCCUGGCAGCAGUAAGAAUGGUGCUGUCUGAGAGCUUGGUUAGAGAAGUAGGAGCCUGUUUCCAGUUUCAUAUCAGUACUAACACUGGCCAGACCAGGAGCUACUAUGUGGAUCUAACUCAAAAUGGUGGAACAUGUGGUGCAGGCAAGGUGAUGCACCCAGAUGUGUCUCUGAGUAUGAGUGAGCAGGAUAUGAUGGCUAUGUUCCAGGGCAGUCUGCGGCCAAUCGCAGCAUAUAGCAGUGGCAGGUUGAGAGUUGAGGGAGACUUAAACACUGCCAUGAAACUAGACAAACUUGUUCAACUGAUUAAGCCUCAGUGAGGUCUAGCUAUUACAUAAAUAGAUAAAAAUAGUAGAAUAAAAGGUUUAUUACAUGCAUUCACAACCUACAAAUCUGUUACAGUUUUAAAUUGUAAACACGACUAUUUAUAUAAUUUAUGAUUGUGACCUGAAUCAUUUUUAUUUUAUCAUCAGUAAUCUUAGGUUUCAGCAUCUGUACUACUUAUAGCCAUUUGGAUAAUAAAUUCUGUAAAUCUGGAGAAAAAUAAUAGAAAGGAUUCCCUGUAAAAGAUUAUGUACACAUAAACCUAAAAUAAGAUGUAGUUUUUUUAUUGCACUGUUGUGUGUGUGUGUGUGUGUGUGUGUGUGUGUAUAUUGUAAGUAAAUAUUUAUUUAAAUGUCAUGUUUUAAAAAUUUAGUGAUUUCAAAUCCAGUAUAUAUUUUUUAGUUGCUUGAUUUCAUGUGUUAAUGUUUGUUAUAAUAAUAAUAAAAAAAAAAAAAAAGA